CACAUCUUUUUUUAGCCUCCUUUUGUUUUUUUAGCUUCCCAAAUAUUUCUAGGUUAUCCUCUUCCUUUUCCCACAAAUAUUUCGAGUCUGACCUCCAAAAUUUUCAUUCCCGUUUCACCCAAUUUUGGAUUCCCGCUUUGUCUGCUUCUCCUAUAUCCUCCGUCCUUCUCUUGCACCCUUAGCUUCUCUUCCGAUCAUCAUGUUACCUCUCUCAUUCGCGUUCCCUCUCUCGACUCAACGAAUGAAGUAAACCGGCGACAACUUCCGUUUCCGAGCAUCGCGUCGACAACUUCAAUCGACGGCGACAACUUUUGGUUCGUCGACAGCUUCUGCAAAGGUUAGUCGACAUUAGAUCAUUUGUUCUUUUAAAAAUUGUUUGUUCUUUCUGCAACAUCACAUAAUGAUUUUUUAAAAUUGUUUGUUCUUUCUUCAUCUUUCUAAAAUCAUUUGUUGUUUCUUCAUCUUUUUGAAUUGUUAGUUGGAUUUGUGUCUCGGUUGUAACAGUUGUAACAGGUAGGGAAGAAGGGUAUUUGAUUCGGGUAAUUUCUUGACCAAAAUCUUUAAUUUUUUUGUGUAUGAAACCAUCUGCCCACCAAGUGUUCGAUUAAUUGCCUGAGUGAAGGGUAUUUGGAUUCGGGUAAUUUCUUGACCAAAAUUUUGGUCCCUUGGUCAUUUGUGAAGUUAUCAAGAACGAUGGAUUGAAGAUGUAGGUGGUUUUGUUCUGGUUCUCGGUUGUUUAUGUUGCUAAAAUGGUGGAGUAGUUGAGCAUGUGAUGGUACAGAACAGAUGCAAACAGGAAGAUGGUCAAUGGUGGUGUUUGGUGGUUGGAGCAAAAAUGAAUGGAGCAGAUAGUGGUAUUUGGCUGUUUGUGUAUGUAGCAAACAUACAGAUUGGAUUACAGAUUUAUGCAGUGAGUUCUGUAAAAGGCUUAAAGGGUUUCUUGCGACAUGGCCUCCUUCAAGUCCCCAACCUCAUAUCAAUAAACUUCUCAGAUCAAAGGUUCAGGUUUCUUUUACUGGACAAGGUGACACAAUCCAUGAAGCAGUUAUCUGGAGGCCAAAAAACUGUAGUAGCUGACUUGUGUAAUAGUUACCGGUUGGUUGCCCUUCAUGAAGCUUUCUGGUGUUGUAAAUAGCAACAUAUUUUUUAGUUUGACCAAAUUUUUUAUUUUGUUGUAUAGAUGAUGUUUAUUCUAAUAUUUAUUUUUAGAAAAUGAUGUUUUUGUAAUGUGUUAGACACUAAUGUAUUUUACAUUUUGUAGUUUAAUGUAAUGAAUUUUUGUUUCA